AAUAGUUGCCAUGGUGGGUACAAUACGAACCCACCACAAAGUACAGGUCUGCGUUGACGGGAUCCACUACACAAUUUCGUCAACGAAGCACAGCUCGAUGCCAGCGGACUUGGACAAGAAUGAAGGCGAGAGGCCAGUAUUGGCCGCGACGAUCAGUGCGAACGACGUAUCGGCGUUGCUGAGCAUGAGCGCUUCACCUUCCUCGUCUUACGAAAGAGUUCGAAUCGGUAAAUGUCCGCCGACACCUCGAUCGCGUAGACCGCGAGAAACCAUUACGUUGACGCCCAAGGAGAUGCAAACACUCAGCGCAGACGAAAUCCGCAAGCGGAAGAACGCAAUCGCCGCGCAACGUGCACGGGAUCACAAGGAGCAACGCACCAGGGAUUUGGAGGAUAUGGUGCGAGAACUCUGGAAGCGCGUGCAAUAUCUUGAGUCGGUGAUCCAAGCGCUGCACCCGAACGAAUCGAUGGACGAUCUGUAUAGCCAAUACGAACCCUAUGCAGUAUCUCAAACCAUUCGGCCGCUGAUACGUGUUGAAGACGAGGACGUGCGCUCACCACCAUCGAGCAACAUGAAAGAGUUGGCCUGGCUGCUGGUGGGGAACUCGAAACACUCAAACGAUGACCACAACUGACAAGUAUUCGUUGGGGGUUAGUCGUUCAAAUUAUCGUCACUCGAAAUAUGCCAGCGUGCAUCGAAGCGAAAUUAACAUGUAAAAACUUUUGCUGAAUAAAGUCUAACUCCUCAACGAGGAUCAGCAAGUACCCAAGUCAUGAAUUGCAGACGGUGUUUAAUGCUCAGCAAUUAGAAAAAAUAACGGCGGGUUUUAGUUGUCGUGGUGCUAUGCAGGAGCUUCAAUACAACUGGUCCCCGAGCCAAGAAUGCCCUUCAUCCAGCCGCUUAUGUGGUGCGUUUUCUUUUUAGUGUUUGUUUUUGGAGCCUUGGUAUAGUUCGCGUACGUAAGUAAUCUAUUACGUGGCUUUGUGUCCACCGGACGAAAAGAAAAUGGUGUGGAUCGCAGACCCUCGUUGCCUAUUAC